AAAAUAAAUAUAUAUAAUUCAGAAUAAUAAAAAAACAUGAAGAGGAAGACAUCAACCUUUUGCAGAGCUGCUGAUGACACCUGGAAUUAUUCUUCGAAAAUUUUAUAGAUAACACAUUGGAGAAAUGCAACAAACUUGAACGUUGCAAGAUGAGUUUGAAACAUGCUUGUUAUUUCUUUUCGCUGCCUCCACAUACUGUCUUAAAUACAUGUGACAGCAGCAAACUCAUUUAAAGUAACUAAUUACAAACAUUGUGACCUUUAAUUUGGCCCUGGUCCUUGCAAAAAUUUUGAAAUAAGAUAUUGGUAUAAUGCAACUUCGAAUGAUUGUCAAACCUUCAUGUAUGGGAGUUGCAGAGGAAAUGAUAGCAGCACUUAGGACGCCGAACAAGAUGGUUGAAGACCAAGAUUCCUCCUCACCAGAAGUUCAUUCCCCGCGCCGAUAGUCCUGGCUUGUAUCAGCUUAUACUCCGUCCUUCAGGUUCGAAUAGCAUCUCAUCAGUGGUAUCAGCGAUCGAAGCGCCUGUAUUUCGUGUCGCGCUUAUAAAGCUAAUAGUAAGCUGAAGAAGUCGUUUAAAUUAUUCAUGGUUUGACAACAGGAGUGUGAGUUCGAAAGUGCAACCACAAUUAAUUCGUUUCAUACUCAGACAUUGCUGGCCAUAAGAAUAUCAUAUUGAAUGUGAUAUGAAGAAGGAAAAACCGUGACGGAGGUGAUUUGAAGAUAAAAGAGGCCCUGUUAAAUGCAGAAAAAUGCCAUCAGCUACUGGCGGGACCAACGCAAGUGGGCAGCAGAAGGGUGGAGGGACUAUGCCUAGUAACGAAGAAUGCGGAAUCAGAGAUGUAUGGGGACACAAUUUGGAAGAGGAAUUUCGUACAAUUCGUCAAGUUGUACAACAAUACCAGUAUAUUGCAAUGGACACAGAAUUUCCGGGUGUUGUAGCUAGGCCUAUCGGUGAAUUCAGAACUAAUGCCGAUUAUCAAUAUCAACUCUUACGUUGCAACGUAGAUCUUUUGCGAAUAAUUCAACUUGGUCUUACAUUCCUUGAUGAAUCGGGGAAUACACCAGGCGGUAGUUACACAACGUGGCAAUUUAAUUUUAAAUUUAAUUUACAUGAAGACAUGUAUGCACAGGAUAGUAUAGAAAUGCUACAAAAUAGUGGUAUACAGUUCAAGAAACAUGAAGAGGAAGGCAUCGAUCCUUUAGAGUUUGCAGAACUAUUGAUGACAUCGGGAAUUGUUCUUGUUGAUGACAUAAAAUGGCUGUCGUUUCAUUCUGGUUAUGACUUUGGUUAUUUACUGAAACUCCUCACUGAUCAAAAAUUGCCCCAGGAGGAAAGUGAAUUUUUCGAACUGCUUAGGAUAUACUUUCCAACAAUAUAUGAUGUAAAAUACCUCAUGAAAUCAUGCAAAAACUUGAAAGGUGGCUUACAAGAAGUAGCAGAACAGUUGGAAAUUCAAAGAGUAGGCCCUCAACAUCAAGCCGGGUCUGAUUCUCUACUUACAGGAAUGGUCUUUUUUAAAAUGCGAGAGAUGUUUUUUGAAGAUAACAUUGAUGAUGCAAAAUAUUGUGGACAUCUAUACGGUUUGGGAACAUCAUUUGUAAUGAACGGAGCUAGCACAUACAUGGACAGUAAUGGAGAUAAUGCCUCAACUUCGUAAUGUUAACGAAAGAAUCAACCGUAACAGAGAGAAAUUAUUUCAUUACAAAUAAAAUGUUAUAAAAAAAUCUUUUCACUUUAUAAUCAAGUGUAUGGUCCAUAUCCGCAAUAUUAUUAUAUUGACAUCAUUGCUGUAGGUUCCGCAGAGAAUGCAAUUUAGACGUGUCCCUUACAGAUUUUAUGUGUGCUUUUUUUUUUUUUUUUUUUUUAAUUCUUUUG